CUCGUCUUCGCUCUUUUGUAAUGGAAGGUUGAUGCUGAACGUCGUAGAUUUUUAAAGUGUUUUUUGAAACUAAGUUGUCUGCAGAAUUAACUAGUAUUUCGUUAAUAUACAUUCUUAUAUUUGUGCGCAGUCUUUCUUUCUCUUCGUUGUGAAUAUUCAGAAGUGAUGGUGGCGACGCCCAAGCUGAUGCAGGAGGCAGGCAGUGCCAAGAAGAAGCGCUCCAUGGUCCUGGGGGCAGACAGCCCUGCCGUCAGCAAGAAGAAGGGUCUCAACUCCAGCAACGGCCAGGUGGCAACGCCCAAGCAAGUACUGGGGCAGCGGCAGAAGGGGAAGAUGCCCCAGAGCGCUACCAAGGGCACCCCCGGCUCCAAAAAGAAACAGGUUCAGCCUGAGAGCGAAGAUGACGACGACGAUGAUGAUGAUGAGGAAGAUGACGAUGAAGUGGAGGAAGUAGCAAUCCCGUUUGGAGCGAAGCAAGCUGCGCAGCAGGAAGACAGUGAUGACGAUGACGAGGAGGAAGAUGAUGAUGAUGACGAGGAAGAUGAUGAGGAGGAACAACCUUCUAAGGCUGCCAAGAAGCCUGCCAAAAGGGCAGCACAGCCUACAGAGGAUGACGACGAUGAGGAAGAUGACGAUGAUGAGGACGAUGACGAGGAAGAUGAUGACGAUGAUGAAGAAGAUGAUGAGGAAGAAAGUGCACAGCCUGCAAAGAAGAAACAAAAGGGACUAGAUGGUUCAGUACAGUCCGUGAAGGCUGAUAGCAGUCCGGAGCCAAAGACAAUCUUUAAGUUCAAGAUGUUCAUCAACAACAUCGGUGUCAGCGUGGCGGAGGACACCCUGAGGAGUGCCCUGGAGAAGCUGUCGCCCCUGAAGGACCUCAUCGUGCUGGACAGGUUCAAGGACACGAGGCAGUCCUGGUCCGCCAUCGCCGCCGUGGACAACGAGGAGCAGCAGAAGAAGCUGCUGGCGCUGCACCAGGACAAGCUGGGCGGCGAGCGCCGCAUCGUGGUGACGUUCUACGAGGAGCGCGAGCGCAGCGUGGGCGGCUUCAGGGGCGGCCGGGGGGGCGGUGGCUUCAGGGGGGGCUUCGGCGGGCGGGGAGGGGGCGGCGGUGGUGGUGGCGGCGGGCGAGGCUUCAGGGGCGGUCGGGGUGGAGACCGCGGCGGGCGGGGGGGUGACAGGGGCGGCCGGGGGUGGCGUGGGGGCAACAGGGGCGGCUGGAGGGGCGGGCGGGGCGGCAGUGACUAGGCCCGCCUGAGCCGGGCAGAGACUGGACCUUCGACUGGGAGAGUGCGCUUCCGGCCGGUCUGAGACCAGAGCCGUGCCGUGCCACGCUCAUCCACACCUAGCUGUUUUAACCAGUGAUUUUACAACUUGUAAAAAGAUUACUAUUCCACUUUGUGUGCGUUCUGUUUUUAGUGUGCGCCAGCACUUUUGAUGUUGCAUUCUGUAAUUGUGGUUUUUGUGGCCAUCUGUACAAAACAUGCUUUGAAGAUUACAAGUGUUAUAUUGGAAUUUUGUUACUGCAGUGACUGUAUGACGGAGAGAAGAAAUAAAAUAUUGAGUAUA